CUGAGGUCGUCCCGUUGUCCGUCCGGCCGCUCCGUUCUGUGUCUGACCGGGACGCCGUUUGCCUGCAGGCGGAAUGGCGCCGUCACCCACAUCAAGAUCCAGAACACGGGGGACUACUACGACCUGUACGGCGGGGAGAAGUUCGCCACGCUGGCGGAGCUGGUGCAGUAUUACAUGGAGCAUCACGGGCAGCUGAAGGAGAAGAACGGAGACGUCAUCGAGCUCAAGUACCCACUCAACUGCGCUGACCCCACGUCGGAGAGGUGGUUCCACGGACACUUGUCGGGCCGGGAGGCCGAGAAGCUGCUGACGGAGAAGGGCAAGAACGGCAGCUUCCUGGUGCGGGAGAGCCAGAGCCACCCGGGGGACUUUGUCCUCUCGGUUCGCACCGGCGACGACAAGACGGACAGCAGCGACAGCAAACCCAAAGUCACUCACGUCAUGAUCCGCUGCCAGCAUGACCUGAAGUACGACGUGGGAGGAGGGGAGAAGUUCGACUCCCUCACAGACUUGGUAGAGCAUUACAAGAAGAACCCUAUGGUGGAAACCCUGGGCACCGUGCUUCAGCUCAAACAGAGAUUGAGAGUCGAGUCCGUGAGCUGA